AGAAAACCAUCAAGGAUGUUGAGCACGGGUAUAAUUCACAAUUUUUUCAAAAUCUACAUCACUGUGUAUCAAGAAAGUGUAUGAAAUUAAUUGAUAACCAGUUGGAAAGGGUGAAGAUUGUAGGCACUAACAAAACAGAAUGUGGUUGUUCAAUUAGAACAACUCAUGGAUUACCAUGUGCUUGUGAGUUGGCUAAGUUGCAGAUAAAUGGUAAUGCUAUCCCUUUAGAUAGCAUUCAUGAUUUUUGGAAACAGUUAAGCAUUGCACAUGAAUUAGAGGAUGAAGAAUCUUUAUCAGAUUAUGACUUUUCUGAAGAGUUGGAAGCAAUGAAAGCGUACAUGAAGACACACGAUAUUAUAAGUCAAAGGAUAUUCAAGGCAAAGGUGCGUGAAGUUGUAUUUCCACAUACCACAUCAAUACUUGCACCACCAGAGAAAGUGAGAACCAAGGGAGCAAGUAAAAAGAAGAAAGAAUUUGAUACUCCUCGUGAUCCUUCAUAUUGGGAGUAUGUUGAUGCCUCUCAAGAAUCUGCAAAGGCAAGGCAACCAUCUCAAUCAUCUCAACGUUCUGCAAGGCAACAAUCUCAAUCAUCUCAGCAUUCUUUUAAGACACAAUUUCCUACUUAUAUACGUCCGUAUAUUGAGGACAUAGUAGAUGUUGUGGCUGAUGGAAAUUUUGGGUUUCGUGCAAUUGCAGCAUUGCUAGGUUGGACCGAAGAAUCUUGGGCUUUAGUUCGAUCACAAUUGGAUAAAGAGAUUGGUCUACAUAAAGAUGUUUAUUCUAAUGUUUUUGAUGACAAUGUUGAAUCAGUGCGGAACUCAUUGAAAAUAUCAAAAUUGGGUGCUCAAGGAAAAGAUAAGUGGAUGUCUUUACCAGACUUGGGUUACGUGAUAGCAACACUAUAUAAUGUCAUAUUGGUGUCGUUGUCUCGUAAUCUGAAUAUGACAUUUUUCCCGCUAAACAAAUCACCAUCGAAAGAGACCUUUGGGCAGUCUUUACUAGCAAUUGGAUUUGUUAACGAGAAUCAUUGGGUACAGAUCAAAUUGAAGUCUGAUUGUCCUUUGCCACCUACGUCACAAAAAUGGAAAGACUUUUGUAGUGACACAGCAAAGAGUUGGGAAGUAGCUUAUGCAGCACGUAUGAAGCAUUGGGAACGCAUUGAUCCAUCAUUUAUCAGAUCAUCUUGUAUUUCAUUAAAUGAAGAUUAGAAUAUGUUGUGUAUCUACGUUUAUGGAUUAUUAUAAUAUUUUGUUUUAUCA